AUGAGCAAGCCCAUCCAGUCUCGUAUACUUAUCCCACCUGCCUCCUGUCCAGGUACGAGUACUCAACUUCAUCCAGUGAGUUCGGUCUCUCGACCCACUUUGGUCACUGAGACGGCCACCAUGAACCUGGCAAGCCAUAAACCUCCAUCAACUUCGGCUUAUGGCCAAUCUUCUGUUGGCUUACUCUGUCCCACCAGUCGCGCCAAGUUCGUAUCCAUUGCUCCACCACUCGCUUCCAGGGCGGCCUCUUCCUCAGCCUCUGGUUCUUUGCUAAGUCGCCAUGCCAAUAAGCCUCUGCCAAAUCUACAGCUCCCCGCUGAAUUAAGUCUACCCGUCCAGUCCAUGGUCAAUGGACAACGACAGAGUCUGCCAGCCAAGCACUUGCUGACAACUGGUGGUCAGCCAGUUUUCGUCAUCACUCGCCAAAUGAAAAUGUCCUCCGGUUGGUUUUACGUUAUCUCUUUUCACUAA